AUGUUCGGUGUGCUCACGUCGCGAGAGCCGUUCGACAUCGCCAAGCGCUACGGCUGCCACGACAAGGACGCCGAGAAGGAACACAUCAGGGUACGCACACAAACACACACACAGAUGGUCGCCCGCCCACUGAAUGGAUGACGUGUCUGUGUGUGCUGUGCUCGUUCCGAAUGACUGACAGAUGGCACAGGAGCUCAGCGAGGGCGACCCAGCUGGCCCAGGGGCGUACUACUGCGAGAGAUCAUGUCGUGCAUGGCGGCGAAGGGCGUCCAUGAGCACCGGCAGCCCGAGCUGGAGAAGCUGUUGGACAUGCUGGGAAUGUUCAUGGCCAAGAACCCCGACGAGCGCCUCACGGCUACCGAGGUAGGUCACAUGUUUGUCUGUUUGGGUGUACCCACAUGUGAAUGGAUGAGAGAGAGAGGGAUGCACGCAGGAGGGGCAGACAGCUCACGGCCAAACAACCACUUGAGUCGUUGUCUGUUCUUUUGUCCGUGCGAUGCGCAUUGCCUGGAUGGAUGGAUGGAUGAUUAUGCUCAGGCGACGGACCCCCGGUGCACUCAUCCGGCAGUGCUGGAGGUGCGGCGCAUCAGGGACAACAUGCUGGCGGGCAAGAGCGAGCACGAUCGGGAGGAGAGGAAGUUGAUAGAGGGACGACCCAACGACAUGACGUAGGCGGGGAGGGAGGGAGGGGUUGAUGCACGGCUGAAGCGACACACAUACAUCCGUGUCUGUGUGUCGUUGGUGUGUGUGUGUGUGUGUGCAGAGCGGCGCCAUCGAAGCGUGCCCCCCUGCCCAGCCGCAAAGACCCGCGUCGCAUCCAGAAGCAGGUACAUACGCCUUCUCGGGUGUGUGUGAGGGAUUGGUGUCUGUUUGCGUUGGGGACGCACACACAAACGGAUGCAUUUGCUUUGUUUCUUCCCUGCCUGUCUGCCUACCUGCCUGCCUGUCUGUCUGUCUGUCUGUCUGUCUGUCUGCAGGCCCUCAUCGAUCGAGCCCUCAAGGACGAAUGCGCCAAGCACGGUAAUGCACACAGACGCACAGACAGACAGACAGAGAAACAGGUGUAUAUGUGUGUGGUUUGGCUUGGUGUGGCGUGGUGUUUGUGUGUGCAUGCAGGAGUUGAGUUCAAGCGCUUCACCAUCACCUGUGGCCCCAACAUGCCUACCCACAUCAGCCACUUGGGCGCCAUGUACCUCUUCAAGUGCAGCGAUGACAUCGUGCGCGACCUCCGCGUGCGUCUGUAGGACCACUCCCUGGAAGGUAGGUGAGAACAGACAAGAGAACCACGCAGCCAGGAGCACACUCGUCCAUCCAUCCAUCCAUCCAUAUAUGUUGUGUCGGUCCUCUCAUUUGAUGUCUGUCUUCUCAGUCCUGCUGUGCAACUGGAAGAGGCAGCCGGCCGACUGGAUGACCUGCCAGGCCUCCAGCACCUUCAGUCUACCGCCUCCACGCCAAACGAGCGCCUCUCGCCGGGGCGCCGGCAAGAUGACUCGCCGGGCCAGCAUCAGGAAGCUGAUAGAAGGGCCGAUGACCAAGAAGUAGGCGGGCACGCAGGCAGGGAAGCGACACUCAUCCAUACACACAUACAUCCAUGUUUGUGUGUCAUCGGGGUGUGUGUGUGUGUGUGUGUCAGAUCGCUGCUUACAUAUUAUAUCUGUGGGUCCCUUCACUCUGAGCGGACAGAACCACCUGCAGCAGCAUGGCGACAAGGCGGAGUUUGAGGAGGGCACGCAGCUGGGUCAAGGGAAGGGGGAGCCCGUGGUGCUGGGGCAGCUCCGCCGGCCUCUCCCGAGUGGCGUCGGGAUGCCGGUCAGCGUGGCGAUCAAGCGCGUGACGCUGAUUGAGGAGGAGCAUCUCAGCGGGCAAGGCCUCAGGCAGCAGAGGAACGAAAUCGCCGAGCUUCAGGCCGAGGCCAAGGCGCUGCGGCGGAUGGAGGGGUGGCCGCCCUUCAUCCGCCUCAUCGCAGCCAACACGGACCCCUCCAGGCCCGCCACCCUCGAGAAGCCCGACGCCACCAAGAGCAAGGUGCUCUGCAUAGCUAUGGAGCCGCUGGGUGAGUGAACCACACACAGCACGCGCACACACAUUUGGAUGCACCAUGGGGGCAAGGAAGAUCAGGCCAAAGCAGAUCAGACCAGCGGGAUGACGGAAAGACCCUUCAAUCACUGUUCUCCCUGUUUGUUGUGUGUGUUGCUCAUGGUGCUGCAGGGAGCGACUUCGUGGAGGGAUGCAAGCUGUUCGGCCUUCUGGGAGCCAACAGCCGCCCCAUGAACGCGCGGGCCAUCUGGCUGCGAUUCCAGGCCAGCAUUGCCGCCAAGAGCCUGGACGAGAGGGCGAAGGAGCUGCAGCAGGACCUAAUCGUCCUCACCAAGGCCCUCGCCAUGAUCGUCCAGGCGCAGAGGGGGGCCGUGUCCCGCGGGACGCUGCACCCAGACGCGCCGGCCAAGAACGUGAUGCUGCCCCAGAGCGUCCUCGGCGGCGACCGGCCCCUGCAGCCAUAUCCGGCUGACAAUGGGCAGAGGUUGAUAGACCUGGCCAGUCUCGUCAAUCUCGGCACACAGGACAGCGGCACCACCACCACCAGCAGCAGCAGCAGGACGAACGACGGCCCACCGCCCUUCCUGGGCAAGAGGUGCCAGACGGCCCUUGUGCCACUCGACCCGGAGAAGCAGCGCGCGAGCCUGCAGAUCGCCGGCAGCACGCCCUUUUAUCGAGACCCCGAGCUCAUCCUCCUCGGCCUGGAGCACGACCAGCCGGAGCUGCGGACGACUCCAUCCCGGUGCUGGCGGCCAGGGCCAAGGUGCGGGGCGCCGCACGUGACAAGGGGGUGCUGGUGGGGACGGGCGACAGGGAGGGGGCUUGGGUGGGGGUCCCAGCAGCUGUCCAUUCGGUGGGAAUGGCCAUCUCCGCCGCGGCCUCACGCGGCUGGAGCAUUGAGGGGGCGCUGGGGCAAGGGGAGGACGUCGACGUCUGGGAGGCGGGGCGGUGGCAGACAGUGGAGAUGCUCACCAUCUCCGGCCAGAGCGACGGCAAGCUCUUCCUGAAGGACGGCGGCCGUCCUGUCUACCCCGACGGCAAGGUCCAGAGCCCCCUGGACAACGUCGGCCUGGCCUUCGUCGACGAGUGGUCGGCCAUCAUCUGCGACGUGGUCGCCAAGGGCACCAAGCUGCACGAGGGUGACAGGCUGACGCUCAAGGAAGUGGAGGACCGGCUGUUCGAGGCGCUGCGUCUGCUGGAGGCCCCCGACCUCCAGCUGACUGCACCCAGCGGCCAUGCCUUCCGGCAGCAGCAGACGGCCAGCCCCUCGCCACCGCCAGACGACGCACACCCCUACCACAGCCCCGAGGACGACAGGCGAGAGGAGCAGGCGCCACCACAGCCACAGCAGCCGGCGCAAGACGUGCAGGCCGUCAUCGCCACGCAGGAGCAGCCACCAGUGAGCCGGAGCACCACCCAGCCCCACCACCCCUCCCCACCCCCCCGAGACAGGACCUUCGCGAGCAAGGAUGCCUUGCCGCUCUCUCACGGUCGUCGUGGCCCUCCUCUCUCUCUCUCGCUGGCCUUUCAGCCCCUCCUAAUGCGUCGCCGACUGACGUUCGUCGUCACGGCACGGACCGAGGUGGGUGGAUCGCAUCCAUCCACGUGCGUCUGCAUUCAUGGUACUCACAACACGACGACACACACACGACACAUCAAGGCAUCUUUCCGUCAUCCACUGCGUUGUCUGUCUGGGUGUGCCUCAGGUGGUCAAACCGCUCGCAGAUAUGUAUCAUGCCACAGGCGGAAGCGGUUCGUUCCUUCGCGGCGACUGACCCAUCCGGAUUGGUAAGUGCCUUCACAUCAAGGAGGCAUGACAGGGUGGCGGAGACAUGUUUGGGAUGGGCUUGGUGUGCCUGCAGAUCGUUGUCUACAUUUUAUAUCUCGGAGUGUCAUAUUCCAUUACCAUCGCUCGUGUCCUCCGGCCAAGCUGUCGGGGUGGCUGGCCAGAUUGGGCCAUCUACAGCUGCUGAUGAGUCCCCUUCACUUAUGUGAUUCAGGUCAGCAGAGAGCCCCGCACCAGAGCCCCGCACCAGCCGAAGGUUGGCACGAAUUUCCAGGCGAGAGCCAGAGAACAGGUAAGACGGGUAAGGGUGCAGUUAGCCAGGUGGGGGAGACAACAGAGAGAACAAGGCAGCGCCGCACCAAUGUACGUGUCUGAUGUGUGUGUGUGUGUGUGUGUGUGCACCUUCGCAGCAGAAGCAGGAGCAGCAGACAGCAGCUGAUAGCAGCAGGAUGCCGAAGGGCACCAUCAACUUCAGUAGCGGCUUAAAGGCCGAGUUUGAGGAGGGCACGCAGCUGGGCAAGGGCAAGGGGGAGCCCGUCGUCAUGGCCAAGCUCUGGCGGCCACUGCGUGAUGCCCGUCAGAGCGGCCAUCAAGCGGCUCACCCUCCACGAGGACCCACGCCUGCGGCACCUGCAGAAGCGGGACAUCACCGAGCUGCGGCAGGAGGCCAAGACGAUGAGGAAGAUGAUCGGCCGGGCGCCAUUCAUCAAGCUCAUCGCAGCCGACACAGACGACACCAAGCCGGCCGAGUAUGUGAGUAGCGACGGGGUCAAGAUGCCGGUGCUGUGCGCAGCUAUGGAGGCACUCGGUGAGUGAGCCCUACACACAGCACGCACAUAUGCGUCAGAUCAGAUCAGACGAGCGAGAUGAAGGGGAUGAAGGGUCAUUCAUCGUGUCAGUCAGUCAUUGUUUUCUCCCUGUCUGUCUGUUGUGUGGUGUGUGCGUCAUGUCCCGCAUUGCAUGCAGAGGGCAGCCAAUUCGAGGAGAUUAAGAAGGUCUUCGGGUUCGUCCCUGGUAGCCUCGGCUACAACGCGCGGGCCAUCCACGAGCGUUUCGCGGCCACCGGCGGAGCAGCUCCGCCAGGACCUCAUCGUCCUGACCAAGGCACUGGCCAUGGUCGUGCAGGCGCACCGGGGAGCCGUGUGGCGCGGCGGGCUGCACCAGGACGGCUUCAACAAGAACAUCAUGCUGCCCAAGGCCGUCCUCAGAGGCGAGCGCGCCCUCAAGCCGUACCCGGCUGACAAUGGCCAGAGGAUGAUAGACCUGGCCAACGUCAUCCAUCUCGGCGCCACCACCACCAGAACCGGCAGCGGGAGCAGCAGCAGCGGGAGCAGCAGCAGCAGCGGCCCACCCCCGCGCUUCGUGGGCAAACCCGCCCGCACCGCCCUCGUGCCCUUGGACCCUGAGCAGCAGCAACGGCGAGGGCAGAUCGCCGGCAACACGGCCUUCUUCAGGUCGCCCGAGCUCAUCAUGAUCACCACGCGCCACGGUGACGCCGCGCCCGACGGGCUCCAGCCGAAGGAUGGCGAGUCGGCUGAGGUCCAGGCGCAGAAGGCGGCGCUCAUCGCGGCGAGGGCCGAGGUGCGGGACGACCUGCGGAUAGAGACACAGCUGAAGGUCACGUGCGACAUUGUCUUGAUGAUGUGUAUGUGUCUUCAGAUCGCUGCCUACAGCUUUAUAUCUGGCGACCUCUUGUCUCUGCACUGUGGGCACUGUCGUGCAAUUGGUCACAGGUCGAGCUCAGACAGUUGCAAACACACAUACAGAAUACCCGAGACAUUGUUCUGAUGUUGUUUGUGCCUUUAGACUGCUGCCUACACGGAGAGAGAGAGACAGACGCUCCCCAGUAACCAGCCCACUAAACAGCCACAGCCCUCCACAUGCCUGUCGUCCCGAGUUCCGGCUACCAACUACGACAAGGAGCACCGCGGCAGCCUCCAGGAUGUCGAGGACACCCUCUUCGCCCUCCUCAUUGCCGAGGUGCGGGACGACCUGCGAGAGAGGUGGCUGCUGGUGGGGAAGGGCAAGGAGGAGGGCAUCUGGGCGGGCGUGCCGGCUGCAGUCCACGGCGUAGGGCUGCUCAUAGCCGCAGCGGGGACGCUCGGCUGGAGCAUCGAGGGGCCGGUGACGGAGGGGGAGGACCAGCAGCUAUGGGACAACACGAGGCGGUGGCAGGUGGUGGAGAUGCUGUCGGUGUCCGGCUUCACCGACGGCAAGGACUUCAUGAAAGAGGACGGCCGCCCCAACAGCGUCGACGGCUGCCCCCUGGACAAAGUCAAGCUUGCCUUUGUCCAGAAGUGGCAUGACUGCAUUUGCGCCAUCGCCGCCAAGGCCACCAACUUCGAGGAGCAGGACCGCGGCACCCUCAAGGACGUCGAGGACGCCCUCUUCGCCGCGCUGAAGGUGCUCGAGCGGGCGAAACCCACUGCGUCGACUGCCCACACCACUCAGCACCCCACCCACGGCCGCCGCAGCACCUUCUGAAGACGCCAACCACGCCGAACAGCAGCAACAGCAACAGCAGC